AUGGGAGAUAGAGGAGGAGGAACCCAUUAUAUACAGCAACCUCAACAAGCACGUCAUAGCGUACCUCGUUCGCCAUCUAUACAUUCGUUAUCCAAUUUCAUCACGCCCAACAACAACGACGACUAUGAUGAAAAGAAAGAUAAUAAUAGUAUUAUUCAUGUACCAUUGAAUACGGGUGACGAUGAUGAUGAUGAUGAUGAUGAUGAUGAUGAAGACUACGAUCCUAGUGAUGUGCCCAUGUAUUACGUGGGUGGUGGGAUGAGUAGUCGCACCUUGGUGGCACCUCCAGUACGAAGAGCAUCAUGGCGAGCUACCACAGGCACGUGCAAUACCGAUUCAAAGUAUUCCAUCAUAUCGGCACCUUCGAAAAUAUGCAGUAGCUCCACGCAUCAAUACAUAUUCACGCCCCCUUCUAUGAUCAGCCUUCCACAUACCGACAAACAAUCCGGGCUCACCACUCCCAUAGUUGCCACCACCACCACCACAAAAAAGAAACCAUCUCGACGUGGCGUAUGCAACACAAUGACCAUAUUGGCCGUGGUGCUCGUUGUAUUGUUUUUAUUUGCAGGAUAUCCAAUCACACUUCGCAUUGCCAAACAUCUCAAGGACGAUGAUGCAUGA